GUGGAGGAGUCCGGAGAGCACGUUAUCUUGGGGACAGGAGAGCUCUACCUGGACUGUGUCAUGCACGACCUACGCAAGAUGUACUCUGAGAUCGACAUUAAAGUUGCUGACCCUGUUGUGACUUUCUGCGAAACGGUUGUGGAAACGUCAUCACUCAAGUGCUUCGCUGAAACGCCGAACAAAAAGAAUAAGAUCACCAUGAUUGCUGAGCCCUUGGAGAAGGGGCUGGCUGAGGACAUCGAGAACGAAGUGGUGCAGAUCACGUGGAACAGGAAGAAGCUGGGAGAGUUUUUCCAAACAAAGUACGACUGGGAUCUGCUGGCUGCCCGGUCCAUCUGGGCCUUCGGACCGGACACCACGGGACCAAACAUCCUGGUAGACGACACGCUGCCCUCCGAGGUGGACAAGGCGCUGCUCGGCUCCGUGAAGGACAGCAUCGUUCAAGGCUUCCAGUGGGGCACCAGGGAGGGGCCUCUGUGUGAUGAGCCCAUCAGGAAUGUCAAGUUUAAGAUCCUGGACGCGGUCAUUGCUCAGGAGCCUCUCCACAGAGGAGGAGGCCAGGUCAUCCCCACAGCCAGGAGAGUGGUGUACUCCGCUUUCCUCAUGGCCACUCCGAGGUUGAUGGAGCCGUAUUACUUUGUGGAGGUUCAGGCUCCUGCUGAUUGUGUAUCUGCUGUUUACACAGUGCUUGCUAGGAGAAGAGGUCAUGUGACCCAGGACGCACCUAUUCCAGGCUCUCCUCUCUACACCAUUAAGGCUUUCAUCCCGGCCAUCGACUCCUUUGGCUUUGAGACCGACCUCCGCACACACACACAGGGACAGGCCUUUGCGCUGUCCGUCUUCCACCACUGGCAGGUAACACAGCCCUCCUAA